AGGGGGUGGGGAGAGGCGAGCGGCGGUCCCACCCGGAGGCGAGCGCCGCUCCUCGCACACAAUAGAGGCUCCAAGUCGCCGGCUAGACGCGCUGGACAGGCGCGCCCCUCCCAGCCCAGAGUGAAAGUUGCGCUUUGAUCCUCCCCCACGCGAAGGCUCUUGCCGAUGGCGCAGUUGCCGCCGCCGCAGCGCUGAGCUAGCCCGGGGCGCGCCGGGCGCUCGGCUCCCUCCUCGGCCGGCCCUCCGGCGCCCGGGUGGGUCGCGCCCCUCCGAGCCCCUCCGGCCGGGCCGAUGCGCUAGGACGGGCGCCACCAUGUCCAUGCUGCCCACCUUCGGCUUCACGCAGGAGCAAGUGGCGUGCGUGUGCGAAGUGCUCCAGCAAGGGGGCAACAUCGAGCGGCUGGGCCGCUUCCUGUGGUCGCUGCCGGCCUGCGAGCACCUCCACAAGAACGAGAGCGUCCUCAAGGCCAAGGCCGUGGUGGCCUUCCACCGGGGCAACUUCCGCGAGCUCUACAAGAUCCUGGAGAGCCACCAGUUCUCGGCCCACAACCACCCCAAGCUGCAGCAGCUCUGGCUCAAGGCGCACUACAUCGAGGCCGAGAAGCUGCGGGGGCGACCCCUGGGGGCCGUCGGCAAGUACCGGGUGCGCCGCAAGUUCCCCUUGCCGCGCUCCAUCUGGGACGGCGAGGAGACCAGCUACUGCUUCAAGGAGAAGAGCCGCAGCGUGCUGCGCGAGUGGUACGCCCAUAACCCCUACCCGUCCCCGCGCGAGAAGAGGGAGCUGGCCGAGGCCACCGGCCUGACCACCACCCAGGUCAGCAACUGGUUCAAGAACCGCCGGCAGCGCGACCGGGCGGCCGAGGCCAAGGAAAGGUACGAGGAAAACAACGAAAAUUCCAGCUCUAAUGGCCACAACCCGCUUUCCUCUUCCCUGAACGGCAACAAGGCGGUUUUGGGCAGCUCCGAAGACGAGAAAACGCCCUCGGGGACGCCGGACCACUCCUCCUCCAGCCCCGCCUUGCUGCUCAAUUCGAACCCAGGUUUACAGCCGCUGCAUGGCUUGGGCCACCCUCAGGGUCCCAGCGCCAUUCCGGUUCCCAGCGCGGACCCUCUGCACCACCACAGUUUGCAAGACUCCAUCCUCAACUCCAUGUCUUCCAACUUGGUGGAUCUGGGCUCCUAAGACCCCGGAGGGCCUCGCCAGCGCCCCCUGCACCCGAACUCGUCUCUGGACCGUGGGCAGGAAUGGCAGACGCCAUGCCACGCUCGGGACGCCCUGGUCGGCCAGCAGCUGACUCGCGUGGAAGGUACUGUGAGCUCCAGACGGCUCGCAAGUCCUCCUGGCAAGCCUUGAGAAGAUUCGGCAGAGCCGGGCGCAGAGGGAGGGGAGAGGACUCUUCUGGGCUGGGGACUGACACAGGAGGCGGCCUUCCCCCACCCUUCAAGCAUCUCACGGCAUUUGCUGCGAUUCAGCCCCGGGGCUGCCAACGUUCCCGCAGGCUUGUACAGCUGCGCCUUGCACAGCAACUUAAUCCGCAGGGAUCCUCAGGCAAAGAUUUUCGCGGGGUGGGGUGAUUGUCACAUUGAUUUCUGCCCAUCAAGUGGUCCUUCGGGUCACAGAGGUGCAGAGGCCGGUGGAAACGUUGGCAACCCUAUCCAGCCUGGUUUGGGGUUCAUAUAAUCCAUUUGGCCUGAAAUCAGUAGGACUUCUGUCCUGGUUACGUGGGGUGGCGAAUCGGAGUCCUACCAUUUCUGUACCCCCAAAGCAAUUCUGUUGACCGCAGAGGAAAUACUCUGGGUGGUGGGUGCCAGUCAAAAGCGCCUUGCAUUUUGGGAAGGAUCCUGGGAGUUGCUGUUUAAAGGAGAGCCGCCUCACCAAACGCAGCUGUGGCAAGAAAGCUACUAUAGGCCAGUGUAAGCUACAAUUGAACCGCUGUAGUAACUACUUUGUAAAGAGCAGCUCGCAUCUAGCCACGCCCCCGCUUCUUUGUAGCUGAUGCUAUGCAAAAAAAAAAAAGGACAAAAAAGCUUCUUUCUCCUUGUCCGUGUGGUGCUUUAGCCAUUCUCUGGGUGGGGAGGUCAAGAAUGGGGUGAUACACGAACCGCUUAAGCCAGAGAACUUGCCUCAACCCAUUCGGUGGCUCCAGAAUUAGACCUGAAGCUAGCACGUCCGAGUUGGGCUCCUGGACUCAGCAGGCAAAUGCCUCCCUCCUGGGCCUCGGUUAGUUCCCAUAAGUGUAAAAUGGGAACAAGAGCAAACUACCUCACAGGGCUGUUUGUGAGGAUAAAGACUGUACAGCAUUUUGCACAUUUAACUAUCGAGAUAGCCUAUAUCACUCAUUGUUAUUAUGAAUAAUAAUAAUUUCCCCCCCUUUAAAGUCUUGGAGCACCCCUGGUCCCUUGCAUAACUUAUCCAGGUUUCAUUGCCGGGCCCUGGUUCUGGCCGGCGUGGAGUCCGUGACCCAUCCUUCCCAAAGAGGAACCGGAAAGGCCCUUAGGUCUGUCUUUCUAUCUAUAUAUCAUCAUCCACUGCUGUUCAUGGAAACCCAAGGGCAGGUUAUGGAAUACCAGCGAGGCCCCUUGACUUUUGUGUAUUGUUUAUAUUAUGUUAAUACAGUCUUUGGAGAAAUAUUUCUGCUUCUAUUUUAUAAUAAAAUCGAAAAAUUCAGUGCAUCAAGGUAUGCCUCAGUUUCGAACUCGCGUGCUUACAGAAGGGGGUGGGAAGGGGGAGUUUGGCAGCCCGUUCUGACAGGCAUAUCUAGACUUUAAAGUAGAGGCAGCCUAACUGUCAUACUUUGGGAUCCUGGGAACUGCAGAGCUAGGAGAGGGCAAAAACUCUUCUCCCGGGCAUUUUAUGGAAACCUCACAAAACUACAUUUCCCAGAGAUCCUUCAAGCUGUGCCAUGAGAGUUAAGCCAGGUUCUGCGGGAAGAUGCCCUGUGGAAUACUGCUAUGGGAACUGGAAACUUUCCUGCGCUAAAAAGAACCCAGGAAAAUGUCUCGAGAUCCCCCCCCCCCUGGGUUUCAGAACAGGGAUUAGAAGGGAUCUGCCUGUUUUCUAUGUAUUGCCUCACCCUGUGCUCCAGUCCUUGAAUUAAACUCUUGAA